AUGAUCAUUCAUAUAGAGGGAGAACCGAUGAUCCUCAAGGAUUUUGGAGAAGAUUUGCUGGAGGGUGUUUUGAAGCGUCUUAAAUGGCUCGAUUCUUAUCUUGACAAAAGCCUAUACACGAACAUCACCGCGAUCUUUGUUCUAUAUAUCCUCAUCUGUAUAACUGGUGCCACGGUUUUCUGGGUAGGCUUUGAUACUUUGGAACGUAGUAAACCUUCCAACAAAGUGGAAUUUCAAUCAGACAUGAGAUUGUACAUGUACAUGGUGAGUAGAUAUGUCUUUAUCCUCUCCAUUAUUUGUGCUAAUCUCAAACAUUCAGGCAUCAUUCAAGCUUCCAUGCACAUGGUUACGAACGUCGUUUUCGUAACCGCUUUAGUAGGCCUUAGAGAUCAGUUUCAGUACACUGAUGAGUUGUGUAUCCCAAUGCAUAGGUCUUGGUUGAUGCUUGGGUUCUCUACUAUUGCGCCGCUUGAAAAUCUCCUUGCCAUGUGGGCGAUGGCAUAUCUGAUAUGUCCAAAUUGCAAUGAGCGCCGCUGCUACACCAUCCGUUGA